AUGGCCGAAGUCAUAGAGCUGCAGAAGCUGAAGCUUGCUGAGCUGAGGCAGGAGUGUGAGGCCAGAGGUCUGGACACUAAAGGAAACAAAGGGGAGCUCAUCGCCCGGCUGCAGGCUUAUCUGGAGGAGCACGAGGAAGAUGUGGACGUGGAUGAUGUUCUGGCAGAGGAUGCCGUGGACUUCACCAAAGUUGAGAGUUCCAACAACGUGAAAGCUGUCAAGGAAUCUGAAUCUCCUGAGAGCGAGCCACCUGCUGAGAAGAAAGUGGUGAAAAUUGCUCCUCCGUCGUCCUCCAGCGAACGACUACAGAAGAGAUAUGACAACAAAGACGAUUUAAGUAAAUCUGAUGUUGAUGUUGAAAUGUUUUGUCUCCUGUUCUUUAGGUUUGGUUUACCCAACGAUGCUUCGAGUCCGUCUCCAGGUCUGGUUGCAAACAGUAAAGCUGCUGUGAACGUCGACCAGCUGAAGAAGAGAGCAGAAAGAUUCGGCAUGAACGUUUCUUCUAUUUCGCAAAAGAUGGAAGAAGAUGAAAAGCUGAAAAAGAGGAAGGAACGGUUCGGCAUCUUAACAAGCGGAGGUUCGGCCGGCGCAGACGACGCCGAGGCAAAGAAAAUGAAACGCGCUGAAAGAUUUGGAAAAGUGUAAAUAGUGUUUGGGGUCGUUUUUUUUGUAAAGUGUUUUCAUGACCAGAGAUUCCUGAAGAUGACAAAUAUCACUAAUACGGUUCCUGUGAAGCAAAAGUACACUUAAAUACAAAUAUACAAGUUAAAUUGUUUGAAGAUCACAGAAACACGUCUCUGUGAUUUAGUAAGUUAGUCGCCUGUCGAUUCCUAGACGGACGUUUUUGGUCCCGGGAGGCCUUAAAUCAUUUAUUAAACUCUUUUUUUUAUUGACUGUUCUGCUGAGGAAUAUUUCUGAGGAGAGAUUCUUCUGGUUUUAAGUUCACGUUGUCGCAGCUGCACUGAAAUCCGUUUAUCACGUCUGCGUGAAGCAGAUCCAGUCGUAGGACUCGUCGAGCAGCUUCCUGCAGCUGUUUCCAGCUGCUCAGUGGAAUUCUUCUCCUCCCUGGUUUUAGGUGAUUGAAUCAGGCAGAAGACGUGAUCAGGAUGAGACAAUGAAUAGUUUAACUGUGAAGCAGCUGCAGAAACACCGACACAAGCCAAAAACAAACAGCCGCUGAUGACCAGUUCUUUCCUCAAUAAAAGCUGAAGUCAAGUUUGUCACAGUAGAGACACAACUUGUAAUUCUAGUGAUGAUGAUAAAACUCUUCCAGCUAACACCAACCUGUCAUCCUUAACGUGUGUUUUUCGUUAUCAUACAUGCAACAAGGAAAACAGGAGGUUUUGUGUUUCAUUCGUUUAGGUACUAAAUUUUCAACAAUUGAGGCUUAAAAGCAGAAACGUGUAGUUUGCAGUAGUUUAAACUGUAUUUCUGAUUACCGGCUGUGAGGGAAACGUUUUAAAUGACUUAACUGUGUGCAUUUAAUUGUACUUUUGAUUAAUCAGCAGCCUGUUAAUUUCUUGUUUUCUAAAUUGGGGAUUCUGUUGGUACACUGCUUCAGUUAUCUGUCCAUUUUAUAACAUUUUGUGAUUUAAAAUAAAUUGUUUUCAAUUUUUUGA